GGUGUCCACCGAGUGUCUGAGACGCACACAGAGAGAGAUCAGAUGCCAGGGGAUGCGUCUGCCUCCAACUCUUUUAGUUGCACUGCAUUUGCCUUCGCGUUAUUGUUUCCAAAUCUGCGGGGUUGAUGUGUUUCAACGCACAUUGUAGAUCUAAAACCAGUCAUUUCUUCACUUUUAUAUUCCACUACACCGGAUGUCGGCAUAGGCGCGCGCUUGCAAGUAUAAUCAUUUUAGAACUAGCGACAUGGACACCGUCCUUCACUUUAUGAACGACUCUGCAGAGUUUUAUAAAUGGAGCCUUACCAUAGCAGAUAAGCGUGUGGAGAAAUGGCUGCUGAUGUCAUCCCCGCUCCCGACCCUCGGGAUCAGCGCUCUCUAUCUGCUCUUCCUCUGGCUCGGGCCGCUUUACAUGCGGAACCGGGAGUCCUUUCAGCUGAGAAAAACCCUCAUUGUGUACAAUUUCAGCAUGGUGCUGCUUAACGUCUACAUCUUUAAAGAGCUGCUCCUGGGAUCCAUAGCGGCCGGAUACAGCUACCUCUGCCAACCUGUCAACUAUUCCAAUGAUGUUAAUGAAGUCAGGAUAGCGUCGGCCCUGUGGUGGUACUACAUCUCUAAGGGGGUGGAGUUUCUGGACACAGUGUUCUUUAUCAUGAGGAAGAAGUUUAAUCAGGUCAGCUUCCUUCACGUCUAUCAUCACUGCACCAUGUUCGUCUUGUGGUGGAUCGGCAUCAAGUGGGUUCCUGGUGGCCAAUCGUUUUUUGGCGCUACAAUAAACUCAGGCAUUCAUGUGCUGAUGUACGGUUACUACGGCCUGGCGGCGUUCGGCCCGAAGAUCCAGAAGUACCUGUGGUGGAAAAAAUACCUCACCAUCAUUCAGAUGAUCCAGUUUCACGUCACCAUCGGCCACGCGGCUCAUUCGCUCUACACGGGCUGCCCGUUCCCGGCUUGGAUGCAGUGGGCUCUGAUUGGCUACGCCGUCACUUUCAUCAUCCUGUUUGCCAAUUUCUACUACCAGACCUAUCGGCGCCAACCGCGCCUCAAAUCAGCUAAAUCUGCAGUCAACGGCGUCUCCACGGCAACCAACGGGACCUGCAAAGCACCCGGGGUCACAGAAAACGGAAAGAAACCCAAGAACGGAAGAGCAAAGAGCGAAUAAAAGAAAGGAUGAAUAGCGAGAUAAAUACUUGCGAAGUGAAACGUUGGGUUCAACAUGCCCAUCUCAAGAACUACAGAUGGUUUUUGGUCGAGUCAGAUUUUGUUUAUUGGAUUGUAUGAGCAUGUCAACAAUGAGAUGUUUCAAACUAGAGACAUUUGUAAGAUUCUCUAAGCGGCAGGGGAAUAUAUUCAGUUCGCAUUGCAUUUGUUUUAUCACAUAACUGCUUUUUCACAUACUGUAUGCAGAAGCGUAGCCCACUUUACUCUCUUAUUAGUAGGGAUAUUUUUUCUGGUACUCGACCAUACCGACGCCUGUACCUUUUCACAACACAGUGAGACUAAUAGAAAUAGAAAAGCUUCAUAAUUACAAACAAGUCCACCUUAAAUACAUUGUGAAAAACUAAAUCUUUUUUUGUGCUUUUCACAAACUUGCAAAGCAAAUUUCACAACAAAUUUCAGUCUGUUCUGUCAGUUAUGUCUCAUGAUGUAUCGGUGCAUUUUUACGAGUACAAGUACGAGUACAUGAGCUUAGUAUCGGGCUGAUACCGAUAUCACUGCAUCCCUACUUAUUAGUCUUGUUCAAUAUGCAGUUGUGGAAGGAUUGUUCUUUCUUGCCAACUUUCUUGACUUUCCUGAAUCAGCCGAGCCUCUUAACAUCAAACAUUAACAUUUUCUCAGCCAUCAGCUGUGUAUUGUCUAUAUGAAUACGCAUGAAUUCAACCAGGACUGUAACCAUGAAAUAAAACGAUGUCAAACCCCCUCCUCUGGUUUUCUCCACUC